CCGGUCCCCGUCCCCAUGGAGGCAGAGCCCCUGGGCCAGAAACCCUCUGGGAGGAGACGGGGCAGGGUCAGCAUCUCGCCCCCGGCGGGCGGCACCCCCGGUGUGGCCGCCUCCUGCAGCCGGUACCCUCUGAGACGAGGCAGUUCCUUCACAUUCCUGACUCCAGGCCCACACUGGGAUUUCACCCUGAAGAGGAAGCGCCGAGAGAAGGACGACGACGCUGUCAGCCUGAGCAGCCUCGACUUUAAGGAGCCAAGCACUAAACGGGUCCGGCCUUUAGCACGAGUCACCUCCCUGGCUAACCUGAUCUCUCCUGUCAGAAAUGGGGCAGUUCGACGCUUUGGGCAGACAAUCCAGUCGUUCACCCUUCGCAGUGACAGCAAAUCCCCUGGCUGUGCCCAGAAGUCAUGCAGCAGAUCUGCUGCUCCUACUCCCCCCAAGAGAAGGAACAGUGUCCUUUGGUCUGAAAUGCUGGAUGUCAACACGAAAGAAUCCCUGAGCACCAAGGAAAUCAAGCGCCAGGAGGCCAUCUAUGAAAUGUCCAGGGGAGAGCAGGACCUGAUAGAAGACCUGAAGCUGGCCAGAAAGGCCUACCACGACCCUAUGCUGAAACUCUCCAUCAUGUCUGAGGAAGAACUCACCCACAUUUUUGGGGACUUGGAUUCCUACAUUCCUCUGCACGAAGACUUACUGGCAAGUUUGGGAGAAGCAACAAAACCAGAUGGAACAGUGGAGCAGAUUGGGCCCAUCCUUGUGAAGUGGUUACCCCGACUCCACGCCUACAAAGGCUACUGCAGCAACCAGCUGGCAGCCAAAGCGCUCCUGGAUCAGAAGAAGCAGGACAGGAGGGUGCAGGAUUUCCUGCAGCGCUGCCUGGAGUCUCCCUUCAGCCGCAAGCUGGACCUUUGGAGCUUCCUGGACAUCCCUCGGAGCCGCCUGGUCAAAUACCCCCUGCUCCUCAAGGAGAUCCUGAGGCACACUCCCAAAGACCAUCCUGAUAUCCACAUCCUGGAAGAAGCCAUCUCCAUAAUCCAAGGAGUCCUCUCUGAUAUCAACCUGAAGAAGGGCGAGUCUGAGUGCCAGUACUACAUUGACAAGCUGGAGUACCUGGAUGAGAAGCAGAAGGAUCCAAGGAUUGAAGGCAGCAAAGCUUUACUGUGCCACGGGGAGCUGAAGAAUAAAAAUGGACACAAGCUCUACGUCUUCCUCUUCCAAGAAAUCCUGGUGCUGACGCGGCCGGUGACCCGCAACGAGCGCCAGGCGUUCCAGGUGUACCGCCAGCCCAUCCCUGUCCAGGAGCUGCUCCUUGAGGACCUCCAGGAUGGAGAUGUCAAAAUGGGAGGCUCCUUCCGAGGAGCUUUUGGAAAUUCUGAUAAAGCCAAAAACAUCUUCCGAGUCCGUUUCCAAGAUCCCAGCCCGGGCCAGUCCCACACGCUGCAGGCCAACGAUGUCUUCCACAAGCAGCAGUGGGUGAACUGCAUCCGCACGGCCAUCGCCCCAUUCCAGAGGAACAUUCCCGCCCCCGAGCUCAAGGAGCUGCCCGAGCUGAGCGAGGAGUCCGAGGAGAACAACCCCUCCGUGCCCAACCUCCCGGCCCAGCAGCGCCAGGCCGGAAUAUCCGAGAUGGAGCUGGAGGAGAGCGCGGCCGAGUGCGCUUCCAGCCUGGACUCGGGGGAAGCCAGAGGGCUGAAAUCCCACAGAACCUCAUCCGGGCACCGGAAAUCCAGGGAGAAGCAGCUCAGCGGGAAGCGGAAAGAAACGCUGGUGUAAGGAGGCCGAGGAGCCCCGGUGCCACCCUGGGGGAAAACUGUUAAUUUAUAAAUAAUUCCGUGUACAUUUUGUACCGGGAGCGCCUCGGGAGCCGCUCCGCGGAUCAGAUCCUGGGUUUAUGUUGGAAUGGCAGCUACUGGUGUGCAGUUACUGUUGGGCUGGGGUCUGUUUUUACACUUGGAAUCCACCAGGGGUUUCCAAAACCCUCGUGGCAGAUCUGAAGAGCAAAUUUGGGCUCCUGGAAGUUUUCCACAGCCGUGGUGGAGGAUGGAAAAUGAGGUGGAGUUAGGGCAGCACCGGGGGUUUUGAUCAACACUGCAAAAGUCCCGUAAGGGACUCAGCACCUGAAGUCACUCUGGUGUGUGGUUAUGGUAACUCCUGCAAAUUUGCAUGUUCCAAAAGGAAAAAUCCUACAAAAACAGACCCCAAGUUCAACAGGUUCUCAAUUCACCUACUGGAA